AUGGCCGCCGAUGCUUUGACAAUCGAAACUUUCACUGAAUAUGGAAUUGGCAUGGUCUUCCUCUUGGUCCGACUAUAUGCCCGACUGCACAUAGGAGGCAUUCGUGGGCUCGGGCUGGACGAUGUUUUUGCUGUCACUGGCAUGAUAUUUUGGACUAUGCUGACUGCCAUUAUCUACCUGCUGGGAAUAUAUGGCAACAAUAUCGGAUUAGACGAGCAAACAGCCAUGCUUGUCCCAGACAGCAAGAUGGCUGAUAUGAUUCUCGGAUCGAAGCUUGCCUUCAUGAACUGGAUAUGGUACAUUUGCUAUAUUUGGUGCCUGAAGGGUGUUCUUCUUUGCCUUUACUGGAAACUCACGCAAGGAACCUGGCACCGUCAUUUAGUUACGGCCGCUUCUGCAUUUUGCGGGAUUACUUGGUUCAUCUGCCUAUUGACACACAUCUGCAUCUGCAGACCAGUCGAGCAUAACUGGCAGAUCAAGCCUUACCCCGGAGGCAAGUCUCGACAGUCAUCUUCACCCGAAAACCCACAGCUAACCAAAUCAGACAACUGUACUCUCCGUGGCCCCCUUUACAUCGUCAUCGCCGUAUUCAACGUAAUAUCUGACGCCUGUAUAAUCCUAAUCCCAAUCCCAAUCCUCGCCAAACUCCAAGUCCCACUCCAACGCAAAUUAAUCCUGGUAUUAAUGUUCUCCUCGGGAUUUUUCAUUAUGAUCUGCACAAUUCUGCGCGCCUACUAUUCACUCUCGUCAAUCACAAAUCUCCCCACAGCACUAGGCUGGGCGGACCGUGAAUGCUUCGUCGCAGCCAUCGUCGUCUCCCUACCCGGUAUCAAACCGCUCUUCCGCAACUCACGCUGGCUGGGCUCAACCAAUCACAAAAACUCCAAGAGCCCCUACUACAAUAGCGAUGCGUAUAAUGGGGGUGGGUCGAAGUCCGGGAAGACGAAGACGUUUGUUUCGUCGCGGUCUCGAAAGAGUGGCGGAUUUGAGCUGGAUAGUGUGCUGCAUACAAAGGGGGGUCGCCUUUCUGAGGCUGGGAGUGAGGAGUACAUUCUUGAAGGAAAUCAGGGCGUACUCGGUGCUGGACAGCAGGAUCCGAUGGCCAUUCGGGUUACGACGGAGUAUAGUCUUGAACGGGAGCAGGGGAAGUUGGAUCAGAUGAAGUCUUGA